CCAGUGGAUGCUUCGUGGACACAUAUCGGUGGUUUUGUAAGGAGGAUAACUUUCCGGACCGUAUUGGGUGUUCGUUCUGCAGUGUCGUUUGCUGGGGAGUAAAAGCAGCCCAUAUAAUACAACCCAGCACGACGACGACAACACCAGAGCAACGCCAUCUGCAAGAUGUGUGAUGUGUGUACACGACUGCAUUUAUUAUCCGCACAUCGUCCACGCACCGAUACCGAUCAGUAAAUCGGAAGGCAAACGAGGCAAUCGUGUGUGAUACGGAGCGGAUCUAGGAAGUAACCCGCCUUCAAGCUUCCCGUCAAAUCACCCUGCCUGCAACCGAUUCCGUGUGCGGUAACGUGCGGUCGGUGUUACCUUGUAACAUUGUAUGUAAAAAUAAAACGUCGUCUUAUCAAACGUGCGGAUCAGGUUCGACGUAUACAACACUCCCUUUCGAACCAUGGCUAUGCUGCUAAAGCGACCGAUCGGUACGCUCGUCAGCGGAUUGCGCAGUGUUGGUGGUGGCAAUCGAAAUGGUGGUGGGAACACACCACUAUUGGACGGCGGAUAUGCGGGCGGUAGUACGCCAGCACCGGGCCAGGACGGAAGCAUGCGACAAACGUUGACAAUCGUGUUUCUCUGCAUCCUGUGGUAUGUCGUGUCCAGCAGCAACAACGUGAUCGGGAAGAUGAUACUGAGCGAGUUUCCCUACCCGAUGACGGUCACGAUGAUACAGCUGACUAGCAUCACCGUGUACAGUGGACCGUUCUUUAAUCUGUGGGGCGUCCGGAAGUACGUAGAUAUAUCCUGGCGCUACUACUUCACCUUUAUCGUGCCGCUGGCGUUGGGAAAAUUCUUGGCAUCGGUAACGUCACACAUUUCCAUCUGGAAGGUGCCGGUUUCGUACGCCCAUACAGUUAAAGCAACGAUGCCGCUGUUCACCGUGAUACUGUCGCGUAUUAUAAUGCGCGAACGGCAAACAAAAGCCGUGUAUCUAUCCCUGAUGCCGAUCAUCGUUGGCGUUGGUAUUGCCACACUAACCGAACUGUCGUUCGACGUGAUUGGGCUGAUUAGUGCGCUGAUCGCAACGAUGGGCUUUUCGCUGCAGAACAUCUUCUCCAAGAAGGUGCUAAAGGAGACGGGCGUCCACCAUCUACGGCUGCUACACAUACUCGGGCGUUUGGCACUGUUUAUGUUUCUGCCGAUCUGGAUCUACGUCGAUCUGUUUAACGUGAUGAAACAUCCAUCCAUUGUGACGGGUGACUAUCGGGUGAUUGCGCUGCUGUUUACCGACGGUGUGCUUAACUGGCUGCAGAACAUACUUGCGUUCAGUGUGCUGUCGUUGGUGACGCCUCUUACGUACGCGGUCGCAAGUGCCAGCAAGCGAAUCUUCGUCAUUGCCAUCUCGCUGUUUGUGCUGGGCAAUCCGGUAACGUGGCUGAACGUGCUCGGUAUGCUGGUGGCGAUACUCGGCGUGCUGUGUUACAACCGGGCGAAAUACUUUUCCCGACGUCAGGAUGCGUUGCUACCUUACGCAUUCACUGCGAAGGAGACCGGUGACGUGAAAGGCCCCAACACACUUGCCAGCCAUGGUAAUGGCCGACGGUAUCCGUACGCUCCACUGCACGCUAAUGGUGGUGGCGGUAUCUCGGUACCGGAGAAUGUACUCCUAGCGAAUGGAACGUCCACUCUCGUGUCGACGACAACACAUCCACACAGUGGGGCACCUGGUGUCGCACCGACGAUCCCGAUCACGGCGUCAUCAAACAUGACCACGUCCAGCAGUACCAAUGGUAGAUUACUGUUCGUUUAAGGGUUGACAGGUUGCCUCCCCACAAGGCCAUUCAGUGGAGCGCAUCGAUAGAAGGACGGGACCUGAGAUACCAUACCUGCAGAGAACGAGCGAAAGAUACAAGUUGUAGCAAAUUAGUAAGGACACGGUAUGGAACAACCGGGUUAGCACGGUAGUAAUUUAUAUAUCCUAAAUAAUAACGACUCCCCAAAAUACGACGACCGAUUGCGCAACAUUUGGAACACUCUUGUAAUAUAUACACAGACAGAUACGCACACGAUGCGGUUGAUUGUUGCACCGCCAAACGCUUGUGCUAGGUGGGGGUGUAAAAGGGAAGUAUUACCAAGCAGCUGAAGAAUAGCAAAAGAAAAGUAUCGGUAAAUGGAGAAGGUUGCUUUGCUUGAUUACCACACCACCCAUUUGUAUAUCUGUAGCAACUGAGCCGGUGUUGUGAACAAUCAACUACCUAGCUAGAGAAAGGAGGCUAACACAUUCUAGGACCACGCAAUAGAGAGGCAAUAAUUUUCAAACAACAAGACAGUAUUUUCUGAUUAAGUUUUUGAGUCUGUUCCAUUGCAUGCAGCACAAUCUCGUUAUAGCUCAAUCCUUCUGAUGUUUGGUGUUCUUUAGCCACUUUCUCCUGCACCCGGGUACACCGAUGUAUCGCGUAAUUGUUAGUUUGAAAUGUACAUAGUUAGGGGCAAGCGUUUCGCUACGAAUCUGUCGGGGCAGGGUGAUGUGUGAUGUUAGGGUGUGCACGUUCUCUUUCAACUAGGUAUUCCUUUUCCUUACGAUUCUAUCCGCUUCACAAACGAACUUGUUUACUUUUGUAUUAUUAUUAUUGUAUCUGCUCACGAUUCUAAGCAAUAUUAGUUUUUACGCGUUUCUGUUCAACGACCAUUGCAUUAGGCGGUUUGCUUCUCGCUGUACUGGCCACCGAUACUUAGACGCUUGUACAGUACAAACUGCGUAUUAGUAUAGCAGCGUGAUGGAGGCGAUCUGACGGAGGCAACAAUUAAACAAAAUCACUAACGUCAUCCAUCUGGGUUAUGCUCAGCGAGUUGUUUUGUUGCAUUGUUGUUAAAUAUUGUUUCGCUAUUGUAUGUAUAUUCCUUGGUUUCUUCUCCCAUUAUUGUUUGGCAUCAAAUCAAACCCACAGCCAGCCCACUCCACGAUAGAACGGGAAGAAAGACGAAUUUAAUGUAAUAGGAAAAAUUAUAAAUAUAUUAACUUCUAGAACAAUUUCGGUUAACCAAUUUGCUUUCCUACAUGUUAUUUAAAAGCGCGUUAAAUUUGCUUAGCAAAACAAAAAGGGAAUCGAAAUUGCGAAAAAAAAUGGUGCUGCUGUAUGGAAAUGAAGCAGAACAAUAAAUGUUACAUGAAGAUUGAUGGCUAUGAGUGGCAAUAUCUUCUAU